AAGUGAAUUAUGGAAAACAGGAAAUGUACCAAAUACAUCACACACACAAGCCUGGUGGCUCCAUUUUCUAUCUAGCCGUGAACUUUCGAUAUUCCACCUUUUUUUAUGUUAUUUUUUUUAGAUUUGAGGACAGAUUUGUUUAGUUCCAUUUUUGUUGGAUUGAAACAACACACUUUUCAAGAUGGGGGGCGGCGAUCUGAACUUGAAAAAGAGCUGGCAUCCCCAGACUAUGAAAAAUAUUGAGCGUGUUUGGAAAGCUGAACAGAAACAUGAGGCUGAAUGCAAGAAGAUUGAGGAGCUCCAGAAAGAACUGAAAGACGAACGAGCCCGAGAAGAAAUAACAAGAUUUGCACAGGAAGCUGGCUCCAUCAAAAAGAAGGAUGAUCGCCUGGACUGGAUGUACCAGGGCCCUGCCGGUCAGGUGUCCAGAGAUGAGUAUCUUCUGGGACGCUCUAUUGACAAGCAGAUCACCGACCAAUACGAGGAGCCAGAGAGCGGUCCGUCGGCGGAGACUGGCCUCCUGCCGGGGUCCAUUUUCAACCCCACCACUCCUGCCUCCAACCUGGACCUGGCUGCCAAGAUCAGGGAAGAUCCCCUGUUUGAAAUCCGGAAACGCGAGGAAGAAAAGAAGAGAGAAGUCUUGAGUAAUCCAGUGAAGAUGAAGAAAAUUAAAGAAAUGCUGCGCCAGAAUCUUGACAAGAGAGACAAAAAGAAGAAGAGGAAGAAGGAAAAGAAGGAGAAGCAGAGGAAAGAAGACAAAGAGAGAAGAAAGGAGAAGAAGCACAAGAGAAGGAGUUCAAGUUCUGGUUCAGACGAGGAGGAUGAGAAAAAACACCGGUUCCAUUCACGAGAUGAAUCUUCAGCAGACACCAAAUCUCGUUCCCAUCAUCUUCCAGGCUACGGUCUACUGCUCCCCGCUGGCAGACAUCACCAGUCCUCGGCUCCCUCCAAUCACUCAGGGCGCCGUGAGAGGAGCCGCUCCCGAUCACCUCCCCGGAACAACAGGCACAGUCAGUUCAACUCUUCUUCCUCACACAGAGGCGAAAGGAAGGCUGAGCCCAGAGCUUCCAGCCUACAGACAGAGCGGAACCACAGACCGAGGCACCCUGUGUCCAAGAAGCUCUCUGCAGAUGAGCUGGAGCGGAAGAGGCGGGAGAUGAUGGACCAGGCCAAGCAGAGGGAGGAGGACCGGGAGAACAACGUGAGGAGAUACAAGAAGCAAGACGAGCAGGAAAAGCAGCGGGAACAGAAUGCCAAGCAUGACCGCCAUGCUGGCUUCAUUCAUAACAUGAAGCUGGAGAGCGCUGCCAGCUCUUCUGUAGAGGACCGAGUGAAGAGGAAUAUCCACUCCAUUCAGAGGACCGCAGCCUCUCUGGACAACUUCAUGAAGAGAUGAAUACCCAACACGUGGAUCAUACAGAUAAACUGAACGGAUUAGAAGAAAGGGUUUGGCAAGAGUAAAGGUCCUUGCACACCGAGUCCGGAGUUAUUGAACGCGUUUUGAAACAAUUUGCAAAAACAGUACAAAACGUGACGCCGCUGUCGCUCUGAAAGAGUUGCGCUGCCCUCUCUCUGUCGCCAUCACUACCCUGUUGCUCUCCUUUUUCUGUCUGCGCUCUCAUAUUCCUCUCUUCAGUUCUCUUCCUCAUCAUCCUACUGGAUAUUACCACCUGACCUGUUGACACACUGAGUUAUGAAUGCACCUUUCUGUGCUGCAUUUCAGGAUAGGCUCGUGCCUUCUCCUUGUCAAAACACAUUAAAAUGCUUGCUACGGAAGCAAAAUAACAGAAAAUUUGACCCGUUUUGAAUUUUAAUUUUUUAUGAAGGAAGACUUUUUUUGGAGGCAGUGUGUAGCCAUGAUUGACACAAUGUGAGGCCAUGUUUUAUUUAAAAUGUCAGACUCGGUGUGCAAGGACCUUAAGCCACCCACAUCUGUCUCUUUAAUGUUUUAAAGCAGAUGUGUAUGAGGUGGAUGGUGUCAUGUGAUCAAACAAGGAACUACAUGACCCCAUGCCUAACUGUGGCUUUUAUUUUGAAAAGUAGUUUCCACAAUGGUAACUUCAUUUAUAUUUCAGACUAUGAUGGUUAAUCCGUUUUAGUUAGCCAAUACCCCUUUAAGGUUCAUGUGGUCUGAACUUUGUACAGUAUAUUGUUUUAGUUUGUACAGUAUAAUAGGACCUGUUUUUAUCUCAUAAGGUUUUUGUAGUAUAUGUUUAUUACUUAGUCUACUCCUGUAAGUUGCAAAUGUAAUAAAAAA